AUGUCUUCCUCAACUAUCGCUUUAUUUAAAAAGGAGAAAUUAACUAGCAAAAAUUAUGCAACAUUGAAAUUGAACUUGAGUACGAUUCUUAUUAUCGAUGAUCUGCGGUUUAUCUUAACGGAGAAGUGUCCUCAGGUCCCCAUUCUAAAUGCAGCCUUAAAUGUUAAGGAUGCAUAUGAUCAUUGGACAAAGGCCAAUGAAAAGGCCCGAGUAUAUAUCUUGGCGAGUCUAUUUGAUGUACUUAAUAAGAGGCAUGAGGCCAUGCUCACUGCUUGUGAGAUCAUCAAGUCCCUCCAGGGUAUGUUUGGGCAACCAUCCAUUCAAAUCCAGCACGAGGCCCUCAAAUACGUUUAUAAUGCACGUAUGAAGGAAGGCCAGUCAGUUAGAGAACAUGUUCACGACCUUAUGGUCAAGUUCAAUGUGGCUAAAAUGAACGAGGCGGUCAUUGACAAGCAAAGUUAG